GGGGACCGUGAGGAACAGGCAAGUGGUGGCGUGGACACGGAAGCCCUGGGCUCCAGUCCCGCUCUGUGCUGGGAGGCCGUGGGACCUUGGGCAAGUCUCACACCUUCUGUGCUUCAGUUUCUCACAUGUAACGUGAGGAUGCUACCUAUAAGGGUGGGGAGCGUAGGAAAUACGUGGCAGCAGAAGGUAGUGUCAGAAACAUCAAAUCUGUUGGCCAGGGCUCAUGUGUUAGGUGAACACUGAGUAGUGUGGUCUCCCUGGGAUCUGUGCUCAGGUGCUGGGCGGGGCGGGGGGGAUGCACAGAGGAGCCUUCGUUUGCCCUUCCAUAGAGGGGUUUAUGGCCUACCAGCAUGAGAUCUCUCAAGAGUUUCUUAGUGGGAAAGAUCCUAACCGGAGAAAUGGAAGGAAUUCGAAGUAGAUCUGGGAGCCAGAAGAAAGGUGUGCCCAGGACUCAGAACUCAGACAAGGGGGGUCUCCAGGAGCCCCAUGUUAAGCAGGUGCCCAGACAGCAGGGCUUUGCAGGGGGAAGGCAUGAGCUCCGGCAUCCCUGCUGCCCCCAGCCCUCCAAGUUCUUAAAACAGUAUCGUUGGGGUGGGAGGGGGGCGGUGAUGGAGACUACCAGGAGGUUAGGCAGGAGCCUAGGGAUGGACUCCCAGAAGCAGGGCUGGAAGGGACUCAGAGGGACAUUUGGUUGGUUCUCCAUCUUUUGGGCAAGUUGUAGGAUUAAAUGCCUCAUUCUGUAUCAGUGACGAAGGUUUUUAGUCUAGAACCCAUCGACCUCUAAAGGGGCUUCUUCACGGGGUCCCAGAACUCCCUGAAAUGAUGUCCAGAAUAUUUUAUGUCUAAGUGGAUUAUGCGUUUUCUAAGUUAAACACUGCUUUUUGUGAAGCAGGAGGUCCAUCUGCCACUGUUGGAUGGCUGGUUUCUGCUUAACCCCCGCCUUGUUCUCCGCGGGUAGUUUGCCGGUCCAGCAGCAAGGCUGCUGCUCUCUGGGUCGGCACGCCUGAUGCACGCACACGCCUCCCAGCCAAUUGGAGCCCCUACCCAGGUCCCACCUGCUGCGGGUGAGAGAAGGACUUUUAUGACCGCCCUGGCUGGAGUGAGGCUCCUCACCCUCUCCCAGCUGUUACCCGGCAAAGCACCUUGGGGAGGGUGGGGCAGCCCGCUUCCGGGGAGGGGGAGGGGAAGGGAGAAGGAAGUUGAUCUAAACCCGCCUCUUUCUCUCUCUCUGUCUGCCUUCCUUCCCCUUCCCUUCCUGCCCCUUUCCUCCCACCUUGCUCCCGGUGUAGUGUCCCGGGACGGCGUGCAUUUUCUGGCCACCAGGCCCUGGCCUGCGGGAAGCUGUGGGGCUUUUCGUCCCUGUUGCUCUCCUUGCCAAGCCCGGUCUCCCUCUGCUACUGGUGGUUUCGGUUGCGACACAGUCCAGGUUCCCAGGCAGGAGCUGCUCAGGCCUGGCUGCUUCACUGUUUUUCACUGAGGAGGUGGUGGAAGGUGUCGCCUGCUUCGGCUGAGUAAGGGUGGCUGGCAGAGCCGGCAGCCCCCGCCCUGGGCCUGGCUCUUCCCGGCCUCUGUACUUUGCCCUCGCUGCCUGACAGGUUCUGCUGUGGGCUCCGCUGAAUGGAAGCUGCCGGUAGUCCUUGUCCCUUUCUCCAGCCGGCCCACCUUGGGACACCUUGACCCCAAGCCCAGCAGUAAGUCCAACAUGCUGCGGGGCCGCAACUCAGCCGCCUCUGCUGACGAGCAGCCCCAUAUCGGCAACUACCGGCUCCUUAAGACCAUCGGCAAGGGCAACUUCGCCAAGGUGAAGCUGGCCCGGCACAUCCUGACCGGGAAGGAGGUAGCUGUGAAGAUCAUUGACAAGACUCAACUGAACUCCUCCAGCCUCCAGAAACUAUUCCGUGAAGUAAGAAUAAUGAAGGUUUUGAAUCAUCCCAACAUAGUUAAGUUAUUUGAAGUGAUCGAGACUGAAAAAACUCUCUACCUUGUCAUGGAGUACGCUAGCGGAGGAGAGGUGUUUGAUUACCUGGUGGCUCAUGGCAGGAUGAAAGAAAAAGAGGCUCGAGCCAAAUUCCGCCAGAUAGUGUCUGCUGUGCAGUACUGUCACCAGAAGUUUAUUGUUCAUAGAGACUUAAAGGCGGAAAACCUGCUCUUGGAUGCUGAUAUGAACAUCAAGAUUGCAGACUUCGGCUUCAGCAACGAAUUCACCUUUGGGAACAAGCUGGAUACCUUCUGCGGCAGUCCCCCGUAUGCUGCCCCAGAGCUCUUCCAGGGCAAAAAGUAUGACGGACCCGAGGUGGAUGUGUGGAGCCUGGGAGUUAUCCUGUAUACACUGGUCAGCGGGUCCCUGCCUUUUGAUGGACAGAACCUCAAGGAGCUACGGGAGCGGGUACUGAGGGGAAAAUACCGCAUUCCGUUCUACAUGUCCACGGACUGUGAAAACCUGCUUAAGAAAUUUCUCAUUCUCAAUCCCAGCAAGAGAGGCACUUUAGAGCAAAUCAUGAAAGAUCGAUGGAUGAAUGUGGGUCACGAAGAUGACGAAUUAAAGCCUUAUGUGGAGCCACUCCCUGACUACAAGGACCCCCGGCGGACAGAAUUGAUGGUGUCCAUGGGUUACACACGGGAAGAGAUCCAGGACUCACUGGUGGGCCAGAGGUACAACGAGGUGAUGGCCACCUAUCUGCUCCUGGGCUACAAGAGCUCUGAGCUGGAGGGUGACACCAUCACCUUGAAGCCCCGGCCUUCAGCUGAUCUGACCAAUAGCAAUGCCCCUUCCCCCUCCCACAAGGUACAGCGUAGCGUCUCGGCCAACCCCAAGCAGCGGCGCUUCAGUGACCAGGCUGGUCCUGCCAUUCCCACGUCCAAUUCCUACUCUAAGAAGACUCAGAGUAAUAACGCAGAAAAUAAGCGGCCUGAGGACGACCGGGAGUCAGGGCGGAAGGCCAGCAGCACAGCCAAAGUGCCCGCCAGCCCCUUGCCCGGCCUGGAGAGGAAGAAGACCACCCCCACCCCUUCCACGAACAGCGUCCUCUCCACCAGCACAAACCGAAGCAGGAAUUCCCCCCUUUUGGAGAGGGCCAGCCUUGGCCAGGCCUCCAUCCAGAAUGGCAAAGACAGCCUAACCAUGCCAGGGUCCCGGGCCUCCACGGCUUCUGCUUCCGCCGCAGUCUCUGCGGCCCGGCCCCGCCAGCACCAGAAAUCCAUGUCGGCCUCCGUGCACCCCAACAAGGCCACUGGGCUGCCCCCCACGGACAGUAACUGUGAGGUGCCGCGGCCCAGCACGGCCCCCCAGCGUGUCCCUGUCGCCUCCCCCUCCGCCCACAACAUCAGCAGCAGUGGUGGAGCCCCAGACCGAACUAAUUUCCCCCGGGGCGUGUCCAGUCGAAGCACCUUCCACGCUGGGCAGCUCCGGCAGGUGCGGGACCAGCAGAAUUUGCCCUACGGUGUGACCCCAGCGUCUCCCUCUGGCAACAGCCAGGGCCGGCGGGGGGCCUCGGGGAGCAUCUUUAGCAAAUUCACUUCCAAGUUUGUACGCAGAAAUCUGUCUUUCAGGUUUGCCAGAAGGAACCUGAAUGAACCUGAAAGCAAAGACCGAGUGGAGACGCUCAGACCUCACGUGGUGGGCGGCGGAGGCACUGACAAAGAAAAGGAGGAGUUUCGGGAGGCCAAGCCGCGCUCCCUACGCUUCACGUGGAGUAUGAAGACCACGAGCUCCAUGGAGCCCAAUGAGAUGAUGCGGGAGAUCCGCAAGGUGCUGGACGCAAACAGCUGCCAGAGCGAGCUGCACGAGAAGUACAUGCUGCUGUGCAUGCACGGCACGCCGGGCCACGAGAACUUCGUGCAGUGGGAGAUGGAGGUGUGCAAACUGCCGCGGCUGUCUCUCAACGGCGUGCGAUUUAAGCGGAUAUCGGGCACCUCCAUGGCCUUCAAAAACAUUGCCUCCAAAAUAGCCAACGAGCUCAAGCUUUAACAGGCUGCCGGGAGUGGGGGGCGACGGAGGCGGGCCAGCUGGACGUAGCUGCUGGGGCCGGGCUCCGACCCACCUGGGCGAGACUGCAGAGAUGGAUUGGUCUGUCUCCCCCUGCUGGCGCUUCUCUCCUCCCGCCCUCCUUGGUUUUUUUUUUCUUCUUCCAUGUUUGGGGGGGGACGGGAGACGGUUCUUGCCCCCCAACAUUUGCCCCUGCCCAGAAAGUCCCCCCCUUCCCCCCUCUCCCCCACAGGAGGUCAAGGAAGGGGGGGGAGGGGUGGGGGGGCGGGGCUCUCCCUCGGUACUGCGGUUGCACAGAGUAUUUCGCCUAAACCAAGAAAUUUUUUAUUACCAAAAAGAAAAAGGAAAAAAAAAAAAUCCCAGCGGCCACCUUUCCUCCCCGCCCCAUCGGGACAGUUGAGACUGGAUCUGUGGGGUUUCCCGGGAGGGUGGCUCAGGGCUGGAACACUCUCAGGCAAGAGUGGUGGAGCUCCCCGUCAGGCCCUCCGCCAGGCCCACUUUGGGCUUCUCCCCUCUCCUUCCCUCCUUCCCCUCCAAGCAAACCACCAGAGGUGGCCUUCCCCUGACCUCGGGCCCCAGGGCUGGAGGCCCGGAUGGCCGGGCCGGGGACCGGGGGGCUGGGGGCGGGGCGCUGCGCAGCCCUGAAGUUGGGGGGUGGGGGGCGGCGGCAGCUCCGGGCUGGCAGGCGCGGCCCGGGGCCCCGGCCCCCUCCACACUGUAUCCUCUGCCCCUCCUUCCCCAGAGCCGGGCAUUUCCUUCCACAAGCUGCUGUGGGGACUUUUGUUCCCCUCCUCAAAAGUCUGUGCCAUCUUCUCCCACCCCUCCUGGGUAGAAGGCGGGGCUGACCCCGGGCCGGGAGAGGGGAGGGGACUGCAGGGCAGAUGGGCUCCUCGGCCCCCAGGGGGCCGCCUGGGCUGCUAGUCUCCGGAACAGGGAUGCUGGGCACUCUCCAUCAGGGGAGAGCCUUUGUCUGAAAGCACAGCCCCUCGCCGUUCCUCUCCCCUGCCCCUUCAUUGGCAUUAAUCUGGGCACCAGCUAGUUCCAUAGCAGGGACUCCCCCCUCACCACUCAUCUCGGCCUUGCCUUUUCUUCCUGACACUGUCGCCCCUCCUCUCAGGAGACACUGCCCAGGGCCUCCACGGGCCCGCUGGCAGGAGGCUGGAUAGGGCAGCAGGGCCGGGAGCAUCUGCCCUCCAGGGGGUGGGGGGACAGACAGGCCUAGUGACUCCCAGCUUGCUAACCUCCUCGGCCAGUGUGGGAGUGGCUGGUCAUGGGCGCUUGGCUGGUGGCGGCCGCCGCAUCCCUUAAUUUAUUUCUCUGCUGUUUCUGUUCCUGAGAAGUUGGGGGAGGGGGUCCUGCCGAGGCUGCCCCCACCCUCACCUGAGUUGUACAUUUUUUUUUUGUGAUGGGUUUUAUUUUUUAUUUUAUUAUUUUAUUUUUUUCUUUUUUUGAUUUAUGAUGACUCCACCCCUACUCAUCACCCCCCUGUUCCCAGCCCAGGCUCCGCGGCAAGGCGAGCCCUUGGGUCCCAGGAAGGGGCCUAGCCAACCUCAGCCCUCCUGCUCCAGGCCCUGACUGCAGGCUCUGUGGGCUCGGGCUCAGGCUCCGACCAAGGGCUCCCCCUCUCUCCCUUCUUCCCUCUCUUCCUCCCUCCCCAUCCCUCCUGCCCAGUGGAACAGCCCGGGUGCUCUUCUGAGGGGCCUGGAGGGCAUGGCUUGGCUCCCAGAGAGGGUGGUGGCCCGUGGGGGGGGCCUCCCAGGCAAGGUGGCCCCUCCCCACCCGCCCCCCCCCCCCCACCCGCACUUAGUUUCUCCUCUGGAUCAAACACGUAAUAAAGAGAAUGUUUGGAAUCUGA